CCAUCUACUAAUAUUUCGUCUUCUCUCGCCGCCCUCUCUUCGCAACCCCCUUCGCAACCCCCUUCGCAACCCUCAUCGGAACAAUGGGCCUUGACAGUUGCAAUUCUUGACGUGAUGACCAUCGGUUGUUGUUGCUAGGUAUAUGCCCCAUCGCAAGUUGGAUUCCUAGCUAGUCCCAUUUUUAGACGGAGACCACCCAUCGUCUAUCACAAUGCCUUUUCUACGCCGUCGCGGCGUUAAUGCCAGCGACACCGACAUGAGAAGGCACACGAUUCUCGUUGACCCAGCACCUGUGACUCCUAAGCCGCUUUCGCGUAGGCUUCAACCAGAAGCGUUGCUGAGCCCCGACGCUACCGCGAAGAACGGAGAAGAAACGACGGAUGGUGCUUCGGGCGAGCAUCGAGAUGGUAACAAGUCCUCCGUCGACACAUUGGCCACAUCUUCGACCUCGAUGUUCCCAAGUAGGGAAAGCGAAGACCCGUAUAGUCGGCCGGAAUCUCCUCCUAUCCAGGACGAAUCGCCGAAACAUCGCAGGUUCAGCAUGCUAAGGUUUCGCAAUGCUUCUGAUUCUCAAUUAUCGGCUCGGUUAAAACAGCAGCAGCAAGCUGAAAAGCUACCUCCUAUGCCACAACCUCCCUCCAUCAUCACGACAGCGCCUACCAUAGAUAUAGAUAUGCAGGCCAAGAAGCAGCCUCGUAUGAAAAUACCUAUACGAAUGCGCCGGUCUAGCGACCUCCCUAGAGGCGACCAAGAGCUCCCACUUAGACUCAUAAAUUCCGUAACGGCUAAGAAGGACAAGAAAAAGCCAUUGUACGAGCGAGCAAUGUCAUCGUCAAGCAAGCAGACAGUGACAUUUGAAGAGCCCACCAAACCUGGGACGUUGAGUACAACGUAUACCAAUACCGAUGACCAGAACACUACCUUGGCUCCUCCGGUCGAACGUUUAUCUGAAUCAUCUAGGUCUGAUAGUAGCCUAAACGAACACGCCAUCCUUACACAACAAGCUGGAUUGAAUCCGACCUCCUUCUUCCGUCUUCGCCGCAAACAGAAACAACCCGAACCACUAUUUCCACUAUCGCAUCUCCCUCAGCGAUCUAAGACGCCCGCUCUACCUGGGACGGCUUCUUCUGUCCCGCGCACAUCAAUUUCUUCUCGUCCUUCUAAUGCCACGACCGAAUUUUCCCGCCCAUCUACCGGACACGAUGGUUCAACGCCAUUAGCUUCUCCUUCUCACUUUGCGGGAUACCCUGGGAAGCAUUCAGGGUCUCCAGCCACGGCAUUGUUCAGACCUACAUCUAGGAACUCUGGGCAGUCAUCCCCAACAAGGGUACAUCUGACCCUGAGGGGAAGAUCUUCUACAAUGAGCUCCCUCGGCGAGAGCUUCAUUGACGAUCGCCAAACCCCGGGAACCACCCGAACUUCGUCGUCUACCGGCCGGAAAAGUUUCGGUGAUCUUUUGGGUCUCAGCCGGAUACGACAAAAUCCUGAUAGCCUGCGGCAUGGGAGUUUAACACCGGCGACACCAGGUUCCAAUACUUCGAAGAACAACUCGCUUCAGAUAAACAGGGAGCCGAUUAUUCUACCUGAGCGCCGGGAAGACGAUACCCCGGCCAAAUACCUAGCGCGUAUAGAGGAGGUGCUCAGCCGAGGAGUCAUCGCUAGUGCUCUAUCUAAAGAGAACGAUCCAUUUUCCGCAGCGGUACUGCGGAGUUACAUGCGUACCUUCAGCUUUUUUGAAGAACCUAUGGAUAUGGCUAUCCGUAAACUUCUAAUGGAAGCCGAACUCCCCAAGGAAACACAGCAGAUCGAUCGUUGCUUGCAAGCCUUCGCAAAUCGCUACCACGAAUGCAAUCCCGGGAUCUACUCUACUCCAGAUCAAGCGUAUUUUAUAGCAUUUUCCCUUCUUAUAUUACACACCGACGUAUUCAACAAGAACAACAAGUACAAGAUGCAGAAGGCUGAUUAUCUGAAAAAUACUCACGGUGAAGGUAUUUUUGAUGAUAUACUCGAAUGCUUCUAUGACAAUAUUAGCUAUACUCCGUUUAUUCACGUUGAAGAUGAUCUUGCUCUGAGCGGUGAACGAGCCGGUAGCUUGAGGUCGAAGAAGAAAAACAUAUUUCCCAACACUACGACGGAGACGCUCCGAAGGUCGAAAGAUCCGAUUGAUCCAUAUACAUUGAUUAUAGAUGGGCGACUAGAUACCCUUCGACCGCCGCUGAAGGACCAGAUCCCGUUAGAGGAACAUUAUAGUUAUCUAGGCACUGCUAACGAAUUAAACUUGAAAGAGCUGCAAACUACGUUCUUCAAGACUGGGGUUCUUCAGAUCGUAUCCGCACGAUCCCGCCCUGACGCUUUCAUGACGGAGAAGACGGCAAAUAACCCCCAAGAAGCCCAUCCCGGUAUCGUGGAUAUCAAGGUCACAAAAGUCGGCCUGUUAUGGCGCAAAGACCCUAAGAAAAAGAAGACGCGAUCACCAUGGCAGGAAUGGGGAGCAAUUUUGACGGGUGCUCAAUUAUACUUCUUUCGCAAUACAGCAUGGAUCAAGAACUUGAUGCAUCAGUACGAGAUGCACGUCAGGUCGGGGCAUGAUGGUAUCCCACUAAUCUUCAACCCGCCAAUUGAACAGUUUAAACCUGACGCUCUAAUGUCAACCCACGGCGCAGUCGCUCUGUGGGACAACAGUUAUAAAAAGCACAAGAACUCCUUUAUAUACGUCAGGCAUGGUGGACUAGAAGAAGUACUGCUUGCUCAGAACGAGGAGGAUAGAAAUGAUUGGCUUGCCAAACUGAACUACGCUGCCGCUUUCAGGACAUCCGGCGUCCGAAUGCGAGGGGUCGUAGGUGGCAAUUACGAAGGCCAGAGUCGGCGUGCCAUUAGGAGAUUAGACAGCACCGACGCGACGCAGUUGAUUCAAACUCCUAGCGGGGAAGUUAGCAUCAAUCGGGGCCGAAUCGAUCACCAGAUGGCUCGUGACAUCCUCGUUGCUCGUCGUGAAAUAAUACGUAACAAGAUUGACGAGGCUGACGAGAAACUUCAACUUGCGUAUAAACUCCUUGAGACGCAGUUGAGAAAUGCUAGGCAUCUAUUAAUCUUGGCCCCAAUCCAAGACAAAACCAGGGACCAGGUUCGAGGAGGUGCUGCCAAGAUCAUCGCCCAGCUAAAGUGGUCUCGAACCGAAAUUUGGAGACUAAAAUGUCACCGUGACAUUCUAGCUCUGGAUCUUGAGGAAGAAAAAGAGGUCAAUGGUGAGCUGGAUGAGGAUGGGUUCGAAAUCAAUCCAUCCGCCGAGAGGCCAUUUUCUGCAGACAAGGACUCCCGGGCGAGCUCUCAUAAAUUUCAACAACAGGACCCGCGAUCUCCAGCCCCGCUUUCGUUAGCCCAGUCAUCGGCGUCUGUGAACCAGAUGGAUGGAGACUCGCCAGAAAUGGAAGACUUUCAAACGCCGCCAACCAGUGCCGUUGAUCCGCUAUUCCACAACGCUCAACCUUCACGAGAUGUACCCCCCGUCGGUUACGAUCAUCUCGGCACUAGAAAAACAUCGGUCUCGAGCGCUGCUUCGUCGUCAAAACCAGCUGCAAUAUCUACCCCGCCCCGAAAAGCGUCAAGCCCCAUCAUUGGACAAGACAAAGAUGCAAUCGACGAACAAAGUGAAGAUGACGAGGGCGAGCGUCAAGUCCUUGAGCAGGCAGGCCUUUUUGAGAUGGAAUCCGUCCGUUCAUCUGGUCAUAAGCGUAGUUCUUCCGGCAAAGCUCACGAUGAUAGUCCCGAUCGACCUAUACGCGCAAGCGUCCCGGCUUUAGACAAGGAUGGGCUUGAUCGAAGCAAGAUGCGCCGCAGCCUCCAACGAACACUCAGAGAUGGCGCGGGCCACCUAUCACAUCACCGCAGCAGAAAAGGCAAGGAUUCCGCAUCGAGUGGCGGCAUGUCGGACGAAACCGUUCGGGAAAAUGAGGUAUUAACUCGUGGCACUGGGAGCUUUACCGUACAUGGUAAGAAGGCAUCUGUCAUCAACUUUGGCAGCGAACUGCAAAGUAUGUCAACCGACGAUCGUAUAAGACAACGCAAACAAUCAUACCAGAGCGACGAGCAUGGCCUAGUGUCACCAGCUAGUAUUGACGAUUUCCACUCUCUCCUCGGGGAUGUCCGUGAGCGGUCCGAUCGGCGGGGGUCGGGCGCUAGCGCGAGCACGGCGACGGCUCGGUCUUUCCGUGAGUUGCACCGGAAAUAUUCGUCAUCGAGAGGUCACCGCCUCGCCUCGGGAGGCUUGACAGUCCCAUCCGAUGAGGAUAGCGACGCAGCCGUCAGCUUUUCAGAUGGUCGAAGAUCACCCUUACCACCUCUAGAUGACGAAGACGAAACUCCGGGCAUGGAACCACCGACGCAAGCCCGGUUCUAUACACCCGAACCCCCUAGCUCCCCUACCCAGCAGAAAGCAUCAGAGGUGGCAGAGGAAAACGACGAAGAUGCUUCUCAGGAAAUCGAGCGACUGCCCAGCCCCGUGAUCCAAACAGUCAGCGCGUAGUAUCUGCAGCUGGUCGUUGACCAGGCUGAUGUAGCAAUUAGUUCGGUUGUGAGAGAAAUGAUUUGUUGCCACCAUUGCGUAGGAGUUUUUAGAGAUCGGGUUGGCAGGCAAGCUGGGAAGGCACUCGAAUUGCAAACAUUCAAAGGAGAUGACACAACUUAACAUAAUAUGUACUGGUAGAAGAGGGCGACAAUGCUCGAAGAGAAGAGAUGCUUCAGAACAACCUCACCGGUAUUAGGUACUUUUUCGGUAAGUCCUUAAGGGGU